UGUAAGUUGAAGUAUACAAGAAUUCGAUCAACAAAAAGUAUAACUCUUUGAAAAAGGAUUUAAAAAAUUUGAUAAUGUCUUCUUCAAAAUCAUCGGAGAAGCCAACCACAAGCUCCGCCUUGCAGACGCAAAACGCAACGGAACGAGUGACCCACGGUUUUGAUGACAUCGAUAAGCGAUUGGAGAUGCUACUGGCCCGUGUGACUACUCUGGAGAGUUCGCUAAACAAGUUAAACUUCACCAUUAAGCCGGGCUCUGGAGGAGUCCCUGAAGACACCGAUGAGGAAUUAGAGGCCUUGCAGGACGAGUUGGACGCCCAGGAGCAUCAACUGUCGGACUUAGCGGAAGAAGAGGAUAUUGAAGAGAAAGAAGAGUUCGAUCAUAUUGAAGAAUUAACUAAAGAAAACGCAGAGAAUUAGUGCUAUGAAUCCUCAGAAGGAGAUAAAAACACCUAUUGUUAUUGUUAGUUAAUCGCAGAAAAUUGUUGAAGAUGAUGUGAAAUAAAAAUGGCCAUUUAGCGUUCC